GGCCGGGCUACCAGCACUGCAGACGAGAGUGAAGGACUCGAAGAUGACGCGAGGUCGGACGAGAAAUCAGCCGACAGCUCAGGUCGUGCUGAGGGAGGCGAUGAAGGUGAAGGGACAGACCCGGCAAGGCAGCAGGGCAAGGAGGAGCAAGAGGCUCGCUACUUCGUGGAGACUUCGCCCGCACCCGCCCAUGGGAGCAAUCGGUCUAGCAAUCGCUGGCUCAGAUGGUGGCACAAGCUCGCCUCAGAUGAUGUUCGACCCCUCGUGCUCAGAGCAGCUGCCCUGGCAACGCCCGUCAUGAUCCUGAUCGCUUCUUCCUCCCUCGGGAACAGCCGCAUGGACGCGUGCGCUCCACACUGCGAGACAAGUUAUGCUAGAGACAAAGCAACGAAGACGCGUUCAGCAGUUGGUGGAGAUGUGAAGGAAGUAGCAGAGAAGAAGCGGAACGGAGCCGUGGUGAAAGAGGAACAUCAUGAGCAUCGCAAGUUGGGAACUCAGAGCUCGUCGGCACUGAUCAACGAGAUCAUGUACGACAAGGUGAUCCCCUUUUGGUCAGACGUGAUUCCUCAGAUCAUGUACUCGCAUGUAGAGUAAGUGAGAGGAUUUCCAAUACUUUCACACAUUCAUUGCAUAAAGAAAAACAAAGUU